AUGAAACGGUCUCAGAAAAAAUGUCCUAGACCGGGACUCGAACCUACAAUGGCUACAAUGGCCGACCAAUAUGCAUUAGCUACCAUUGUUCAACUUUGUCAACCUCCACCGGACCCACUGCUCAACCUCCACCGGACCCUCUGCUCAACCUCCACCAGACCCUCUGCUCAACCUCCACCGGACCCUCUGCUCAAUCUCCACCGGACCCUCUGCUCAACCUCCACCGGACCCUCUGCUCAACCUUCACCGGACCCUCCACCGGACCCUCUGCUCAACCUCCACCGGACCCUCUGCUCAACCUCCACCGGACCCUCUGCUCAACCUUCACCGGACCCUCCACCGGACCCUCUGCUCAACCUCCACCGGACCCUCUGCUCAACCUCCACCGGACCCUCUGCUCAAACUUCUUGGAGACCUGGGAAUCCGUUAUACUGGAAGGAACCUUUUUCAGUUGUUUUCUAG